AUGAUUUUCUAUUAUUUUAUCAUUGUUUCUCAAGGGCUUUCAUGUAUCGAAAAGGAAUACUAAAACAUUCAUUUGUAUCCAACUAUUGGAGAGUAUAUGGAGUAUCCGAUGAGUAAUUUAUUUGAGGGAGAAAAUCUUUUAUAUCAUUAUAAUCCAAUUAUACCAAAUGUAUCAAUAGCAAAUGCUUUCACUGAAAUAACACAAAUAGAAGGAUGUGGUAUAUAUAAAAACUAUAAUAUAAGAGUUUAUAUCAAUAUCAUCUAAUUUAACUCAUUUUGCUGCAAUAACUAACCUAAAUUAACUCAUAUUAUAUGAAUGGUAAAAUCUUAACAUCUAAUAGUAUGGAUAGAUAGUAAAUGUUGAAAAGAAAUAUCAAUGUUAUAAUGUUAUUUUGUUGGCUGAUAUUGACAUCUUGCUUGAUUGUUAUACUGAAGACAAUUUUUAUUUAUUAAAACUAAAGAAUAUUAGUUUUGACAUAGUUUAUUCAUUCAAAGCAAAAAAACCAAAUUCAUCUGAAAUCAAAGGUAUUUUUAAUGAACCAAACGCUUUCCUUAUUUAUGCCUAAUAUUACAAAGAUUUUUCUAUACUUACUUUAUUCUCAUCUCAGUUUAACAAUUUAACAUCUUACUAAAAUUAAUUUAUUCAAUUUGGUAUACCUUAAAGAACAAACCCUUAUAUAUAUUUACUAUUCAGAGAAUUCAUUUCAUAGUUUAUCAUUACUUAGAAUUAAACUUUUGAAGAAACAUUACACUAUGCUAUUGGUGAUUUAGCUGAUACGUUUUAUGUUUAUUACAACUACUAAACUUUUUCUUAAUGUGAUUAAUUAUGGAUCUAAUCUUAAGGAAGGUAUUAAUAGUUUAUCGAAGGAUGUUAGAACUAAUUAGUUUAAUAUGAUUAUGGAUACAUUUAUCCUUAGCAAUAAGUGAUUUAGCAAUUUUUUAAUAAUGAAUUCCUUUUGAUUUAAUAAUAAAACAGUCUAACAUUGUAUUAAACAGGGGAUUUUGACGAAUCAAUUGGUUUUACUGAGAUCAACAGUAAUUCUUAAAUAUUUUUUAAUCCUUACGAUUGCUAUCUAUUUAUAUUUAACAAAUAAAUAACUGUUUAUUAAUUAGCGAUACCCAAUUUAUCAAUUAAUUUAACAGAAUAAUAAGCUUCAGAAAAUAAUUACAAUAUUACAAUUUAUUCUCAACCUCAAAACCUAACAUUCAAAGGUUAUUGUAGAAUUUUUAUGUCUAUAACAAUUUUAAAUUAGAAUGAUACAUCAGUUUAUGUAAUAUACAAAUAAAGUUUUUCUCAGUAUAAGAUUAUUACAAAUGAGUUUUCUUAUUAAUAAGGUUUUACAGCCUAUUCAGGUAAAUUACUAUAAUAUGUCCCAAUCUUAAAUAAUCAAUAAUUUGGAUCAUUUAUAGAAUCAACAUUUAAAGAGUAUUUCAAAUUGGAAGAACAAUAUUACUUAGCCUAAUUUUUAAAAUUGGCAAAUUAUACAGUAUAUCAAAGUUCUAAUAAAAUAAGCUACUUUAUUGGAGUUACAAACAAAUCAAUACAAAUCUUUAAACUGCUAGAUUAAAAAGAAUUUAAUUAUCUCAUGCAUUUUAUUAAUAUUAGCAUUCAAGCUCAGUCAUUAUAAGUUGCUUAUGAUAUAUAUGGGACAUUAAUUAUAGGAUUAAGUAACAGUGAUAAGAUCUACCUCUACUAAAUACCGGUUUCUUUCAAUGGUUCCAAUUUUACUUCACAUUAUAAAUUUAAAUAAGAGUUUUCUGAAUUUUUAGUGACAUAUAAUAAUUUAAUAACUUUGUUUAAAAACGGAGAAAUUUAAAUAAUGACUUUGAAUUUUACUAACCUUGUAAUUGUUAACUAAAAUUUGAUUCAAUAAUUAUUUAAAUUAAAUGAUUUGCACUUCAAUCCUAUUUAAAUAGCUGUAAAUGUUUAAUCGUUAUCCUCUUGCUUAUUUAUCAAUAACAUUAAUAAUGUCAUAAUUAUCUUAAUUGGUUAAAAUAAUCAACCGGCACCAAUUUCAAUUAUCAAUGUUUAAUUCAAAAUUUAAUCAAUAAAUAUUGUCAAUCAACAAUUAGUGUUGUCUUAUUAUUGUAAUAAAGGGAGCUACCUGUGUUUCUAAGUUUGGAGUAUUCAAAAUUUUAAACAACCAUUUUUUAUAAGAAAUAUGGCGAGUUUGCAUAACAAUAAUUAAAUGUAAAUGCAAUCAGAUAGCUUGUUUUUUUAUGUUUAAUUUUCAAAUUACACUGUGUUUGUUUACAAUCCAUAAUAACCUGAGCAUAUGAAUUUAUAUUAAUAACUAAAUUUAUCAUCGAAGUUGAUAUGCACACUUGAAAUAGAAUAUUCAAAUUAAAUUGGAGUUUCAAUGUUUUAUGAAAAUAAGUUCAAUAUCUUAUCAGCUACCGUUUUUUUUUAGUUUUCUGUUAAUUAAUCUCUAAACUUUGAACGCACUUACCCAUCGAUCAUUUAUAAUUAUAGUGUUACUUCUCUAUUAAAUUUAAGUGCUAUUUAAUAUACACCCAAUUAAAGCUUGACUUACUUCUCAAAUUUCACUUAUUUCUAACCAUAUGCUUCUAAAAACAUUAAUUUGUCAUUAGAUGAUUUAAACUUAGUGGAUCGAACUUUCACAAUACCUAUGAGUAUAAUAAUUGAUAGGUAGGUAAGCAUUUGCGAUUUUCCUAAUAGUUCAAAUAAAAGUUCUAGUGAUUAAUAUUUUUCGAAUCAGAUUUGCAGUUUGACGAAUUUUGGUUACUAUAAUAUUCUUGUGAAUAAAAACUUUUCGUUAGUAACUGCCAUAAAUAACAAAUUUUUUGUUUUGCAGGAUUACAAAUAAAUCUAAACAAUUAAUUCUAAAAAUGAACAGCUCUCAUAUUACGAUUAUUCUUAUUUGAAUUUUACUGGAUGCUUAAAAUCAACAUCUUUUAAUUUAACCUUAUCAUCUAUCUGUCAAAAUGAAACUGCAUAAUAUUGGCUUAGCAUUUCUUUUGACUAUGUUGGAAACGUUGUAACUUAAAACAUAUCUUUAAUUUCUAUGAGAUUCACUAAAAUAAUUAAGAUUAGCAAUAUAGGCAACCUUAAUUUUAUCUUAGGCUCUUCUAAUAACUUCUAUUCAUAUGUCUAUUUAUUUACCUCAUAAAAUGGUAGCAUGAAUAAAAUGAGUAAAGUUUGCUAAGAUUUUUCAGUCGCUCUCUAUAACUCUAAUUUAGAUAGAUAUUAUUUGUGCUUGAUAGAGACUAUUGUAGCUUCGUGUUAACAGUUUUCUUUAGUAAAUAACUCAAUUAAAAUUUUUAAGUUUGAUUACUUAUAAGUGUAAUCUUUCUGUAUUUAAAUUUUGAUAUUGCAAAUAAUAGAUGAUUAAAUACUCUUGUUUCUCACCGGUAGAGAAGGUAUUGGGCAAUUUAAUUUGGUAAACGGUAACAAUAAUAACUUUGCUUUAGAAAUUGGUAUAUUUAUCCCUAAUUAUGGCGAUUUGUUGCCAAUUCCCACUGCUCUGUUCUCAAAUGGUUUUUUACUUCAAUAAUUUCAAUAUGAAGAUACAUAUAUUAUAGGAGUCUAUUAAAUAAAGAAAUUCAUAUAUGACAGCUUGAAUGAACCUAUUUUGAUGCUAGGAUCAUUAAAUUCUACAUCCUUGGAAUAUGCUUUAAUCACUAAUGAAGAAGAUAAUAAUGCUACAUGUGUUACAUUUAACAAUGGGUAAGUUAUAUCCUAUCCUAUUAAUACUAAAACUUUAAAAUGCCAUUUUAAGAAACAUAGUAAUACUGUUCAAAUUAAUACUUAAUGCACGAAUGCAUUUUCAAAUGGAAUUUAUGAAUUAACAUUUUACCUUCCAGAUUUAAAUAUUCAUAAAAGUGCGUGGAUUUACACAUUAAUAGCCAUAAUUACAGUUUAAUUAAUAGGUUUUUAUAUUUUAGUCAAAUAUAGAAUGAAAAAUCUUGGGUAUAUAAAUACAGAAAUAGAAAUUUGA